GCACCGACCUGUCCCUUUAAGCGCGUGUCAAAGCCGAUUACCACGGAUCCCCGUUGCGAUUCUGUUUUCGCCGUCUGUUUGUCAGUCUCUCUUUUUGUUUGCGUGUCGCUGCAGGUGUGUCACUCUUUGUCCUUUUUUGUGCAUUUUUUUAUGUUUACUUCCGCACACCAACCAGCACUCGUUGCUAAAGUUUCAGGGGAUGCAACCGCAGAGAGAGUAUUGCUGUAGUGAGAGCCCGCGUUAAAGCUGCCGAGCGGCGGACGUUCCAACUUUUUAUAUUCAUGGUAAACCCGGAUUACCUUCUGCAGCAGACUGAGACAUUAACCGCCUUCCGUCUGGCACCGGUCCGCUAAAAAUACCCGCAGCAGCAUAUCUGAAGAUGCACAGCGACGUGAUGGCUUCUGCUUGAAGUUGGAAUAGAAACCGGGCAUAGGAUGCAGAAGAGCGUGCGGUACAACGAGGGCCACGCGCUCUAUCUGUCGGUGGCGGCGCGUAAAGAGGGCACGAAGCGGGGCUACCUGAGCAAGAAGACCACAGAGAACAGCCGCUGGACCGAGAAGUACUUCGCCCUGUACCAGAACGUUCUCUUCUACUUUGAGAACGACCAGAGCGCGAGGCCCUCCGGCAUUUACCUGCUUGAAGGAUGCACGUGCGAGCGGGCACCAGCGCCCAAGGUAUCCGCCGUCAGCAAGGAGCCCAUGGAGAAACAGCAGCACUACUUCCUCAUCAUUUUUGGCCAUGAAGGACAGAAACCUUUGGAGCUGCGGUCAGAAGAUGAGGGGGACUGCAAUGAGUGGGUGGAAUACAUCCAGCAGGCCAGCUACUCUGACAUCAUGAUUGAGCGCGAGAUCCUGAUGCAGAAGUACAUCCACCUGGUCCAGAUCCUGGAGACGGAAAAGAUUGCAGCCAAUCAGCUUCGCACUCAGCUGGAGGACCAGGACACAGAGAUUGAGAGGCUCAAAGCUGAGAUUGUCGUGUUGAACAAAGCCAAGGAGAGGAUGCUACCUUAUCAGAGCAACCAAGAAGAAGAGGACCCAGAUAUCAAAAAGAUAAAAAAGGUGCAAAGUUUUAUGCGUGGCUGGCUGUGCCGGAGGAAGUGGAAGAUCAUCGUCCAAGACUACAUCUGCUCGCCUCACGCGGAGAGCAUGAGGAAGAGAAACCAGAUUGUGUUCAACAUGGUGGAAGCGGAGACAGAGUACGUCCACCAGCUCUCCAUUCUGGUGAACUGCUUUCUCAGACCGUUGCGCAUGGCAGCCAGCUCCAAGAAACCUCCCAUAAGCCACGAUGACGUCAGCAGCAUCUUCCUCAAUAGUGAGACCAUCAUGUUUCUGCAUGAGAUCUUCCACCAAGGGCUGAUGGCUCGGAUCGCUAACUGGCCCACACUGGUUCUAGCGGACUUGUUUGACAUCCUGCUGCCCAUGCUGAACAUUUACCAGGAGUUUGUGCGCAACCAUCAGUACAGCCUACAGGUGCUGGCAAACUGCAAGCAGAACAGAGACUUUGACAAGCUGCUGAAACAGUAUGAAUCCAACGCUGGCUGUGAGGGCCGCAUGCUGGAAACAUUCCUCACCUAUCCCAUGUUCCAGAUUCCUCGUUACAUCAUCACCCUCCACGAGCUGCUAGCGCACACACCCCAUGAGCAUGUGGAACGUAAGAGCCUGGAGUUUGCUAAAUCCAAACUGGAAGAGUUGUCCAAGAUGAUGCACGAUGAGGUGAGCGACACGGAGAACAUCAGGAAGAAUCUGGCCAUUGAAAGGAUGAUCGUUGAAGGAUGCGACAUCCUGUUAGACACAAGCCAGACCUUCGUCAGGCAAGGUUCUCUCAUCCAACUGCCGUCCAGCAGCGAACGGGGCAUGCUCAGUAAGGUACGCCUGGGCUCUCUCUCGCUGAGGAAGGAGGGAGAGAGGCAGUGCUUUCUCUUCACCAAACACUUCCUCAUCUGUACACGAACCUCUGGAGGGAAGCUUCAUUUGCUGAAGCAGGGAGGAACACUGUCCCUGAUUGAGUGCACUCUGAUUGAGGAACUAGAUGCCAGUGAUGAAGACUACAACGCUGCAGGUCAAGGCUUCAGUCACCUGGAGUUUAAAAUCGUGGUGGAGCCCCCCGAUGGUCAGAGCUUCUGUGUUGUUCUCCUAGCUCCUUCCCGCCAGGAGAAGGCUGCCUGGACCAGCGACAUCAGUCAGUGCAUUGAUAACAUCCGCUGUAACGGCCUGAUGACCAGCGUGUUUGAGGAGAACUCUAAGGUUUCUGUGCCGCACAUGAUCAAGUCUGAUGCCAGGCUGCAUAAAGACGACGUCGACAUUUGCUUCAGCAAGACUCUGAACUCCUGCAAGGUCCCUCAGAUCAGAUAUGCCAGCGUUGAGCGGCUGCUGGAGCGCCUGACGGACCUGCGCUUCCUCUCCAUCGACUUCCUCAACACCUUCCUCCACACGUACAGGAUCUUUACUACGGCUGCCGUGGUCAUUGAUAAGCUGGCCGACAUCUACAAGAAGCCGUUCACAUCCAUUCCUGUGAGGAUCGAGCAGCACUCAUACGACCGUCUGUCUGUCAUGUCCCUCUGUCCUGACUACAGUCUCAAGAUCACACUGCUGGCUUUGGACCAGUCCAAGUCUCUGGAGCUCUUCUUCGCAACCAGUCAGGGCGCCUGGGCAACUGACCCCUUGAACAACAAAUCCCCGAGACUCUGUCGCAAGUUCUCCUCCCCGCCACCCAUCUCCAUCCCCUCCCGCACCUCCUCACCAGUGCACUGCCGCAAGCUCUCCCUCAGCUCCCCCGUCAGUGUGAAAGUUGGGGCCUUGGAUCUGUCGACGACGCCGUCCUCGUCUGCAGCCAACUCCCCCACCUCCAGCCACAGUCCAUCCAUCUCCUCGCCUCCUCCCGGCUCCUCCAGGCUGCCUUUCGGCUUCUCCUCUCCUCCGCCCACCGCCACGCGCUCUCCCAGCCUCCCACAGGCCUCUGGAGUUUCCUCGCCGCCUCCCGUCUCCACCAAAGCCCCACUGGACCUCAGCCGGGGUCCCAGCUCCCCAGAGCUAAGUCCAGCUGCGGCGGAGGACAUCAGCGGAGAGCUGCCUCGCAUCGAUGCCUUCUGUGGCAAGCUGAGGCGCAGCAUCCGGAGGGCUGUCCUGGAAUCAGUAUCCCUGGACAAGUUUAUCCCUGAAUCCCCAUCCAGCAGCGAGCCAGGGGACUUGUCCCCCUGCCGCUCCCCGUCCACGCCGAGGCAUCUCCGAUACAGACAGUCAGGAGUAGCAGCCGGUGAAAACUCGCGCUGCACCAUGUCGCCAGCGUCGGCGUUCGCCAUCGCCACAGCUGCCGCAGGGCACAGCAGCUCGCAGGGCUUCAGUAACUCUGAGAAAACGUGUGACAAGGAAUUCAUCAUCCGCAGAGCUGCUACCAACAGAGUCCUCAACGUGCUGCGGCACUGGGUCUCCAAACACUCCCAGGACUUUGACAUGAACAGUGAGCUGAAGACAGGGGUGUUCAGUCUGCUGGAGGAGGUGCUGCGAGACCCAGAUCUGCUGCCCCAAGAGAGAAAAGCAGCAACCAACAUUUUAAGUGCCCUUUCUCAGGAUGAACAAGACGACGCUCAGUUGAGGAUAGAGGACAUACUACAAAUGAAAAGCUGUCCUCUUCUGCAUUUCAUUGCGGCGGAGAGUCCUAAAGCCGAGUGUUUUGAAUCCCUCUCGGCCAUGGAGAUGGCAGAGCAGAUCACACUGCUGGAUUACAUUGUUUUCAGGAGUAUUCCCUAUGAGGAGUUCUUGGGUCAGGGCUGGAUGAAGGUGGACAAGACCGAAAGAACUCCAUACAUCAUGAAGACCAGCCAGCACUUUAAUGAUAUGAGUAACCUGGUGGCAUCUCAGAUAAUGGCCCAUUCAGACGUGGGGUCCCGGGCCAGCUCCAUAGAAAAGUGGCUGGCAGUAGCCGACAUCUGUCGCUGCCUCAACAACUACAACGGAGUGCUUGAGAUCACCUCUGCUCUCAACCGCAGCGCCAUCUACAGGCUGAAGAAGACCUGGGCUAAAGUUUGCAAACAGACCAAGGCACUGAUGGAAAGGCUUCAGAAGAUCGUAUCGUCAGAGGGGAGGUUUAAAAAUCUCAGAGAGACGCUGAAAAACUGCAAUCCUCCAUGUGUCCCAUACCUGGGCAUGUACCUCACUGACCUGGCCUUCAUUGAGGAAGGGACACCCAACUUCACUGAGGAGGGGCUUGUUAACUUCUCCAAGAUGAGAAUGAUCUCUCAUAUCAUCCGGGAAAUACGUCAGUUCCAGCAAGCUUCUUACAGAAUAGAGCACCAACCCAAGGUAACCCAGUUCCUGCUGGAUAAGACCUUAGUGAUGGAUGAAGACACCCUGUAUGAACUGUCACUUAAAAUCGAACCUCGAGUACCACCCGGUUAAUUCUACACAAGAAGCCCACAUAUACAUAUAUUUACAUAUCUGUCAGCUCACAGUACAACCUUUUAAAUAAAGCAAGUGUUUUUAUAUUACACACAGGUGGUCAAAAGGGUAGUAGGGAAAACUCAGGAGAAAAUGUGCCUUGUUUUAUGAAGAUGUGAGGUAUAUAUUUAGUUAUAUUGUAUUGAAGAAACAACUCCACGCCAUACUCUCAAAGCAGGAGGUUUGCUGUAGAAACGCCAUCAAACACUGCACUAGAAUGUUGCUGCUAUCACUCUGUUAGAGACAUGCGUAGAAUCUUCUUUGCUGUCGUCCACACUAAUGUCAUCAGAUGUUUUACAUGCUGUAUGUCGGAUAAUCAGGAUGUGGACAACCUUCUUAGGAUCCUUGCUGACAGCCAUUUUACCUACUCUCAGUGCUUUUUAUUUUAUCAAAGAACCAGGUUUACCUUAAUUAAGAACACUUAUGUAACAUUUGUCCAUGUGAUUUAUGAUAUUCUAGAAAUUAAAAACAACGUAGGGUCCCUUCUGACAUAAUUAAGGCUGGAUUAUGGUCAGCAGAAUUUACAGGAGCUAUCAGAAUGUAGUUGGGUCACAGCAAAUUAGGAAAACCUUGCUUAGGGUCCUUAGUUUGCCCAAGAUCAGUCAACUCGCCCCAGAACUUACUCUGGGCCCCACGCUGGGGCGGCAUUCAUGGAUUUUUCUUAGGGUCCAGAGGAAAGGGAUGUCUUUUCUGUUAGGAAAAAACCUAGCAUGUAGACCUACAAAACAUUAAUCCCCAGUCGGUAGUACAUCAAACUGCUAACUUAACAGGUUAAUUCCAAACCUUCUGGAUAGGACAUAAGCAGUGAUUCUAACAGUGCUGUAACAGCAGUUUCCGCUAGAGGUUACAAGUUGUGAAAGGAUUCAAAAAUCCACACCAUCUCCGUAAGCUACAGUGCAUUUAAACUAAAUUCAAAAUGUGCGCAGCCUGGCUAACACAAAAUCAUUUGUAGUUACUUUUUUGUU